AUGACAUGUAACAGAGAAUCCGGCGACUCAAAAUAUUGCAUAAGAGGCUUCUUGAAAAAAAAGGACAAAUCUGAAGAUAAAUGCGACUCCAAGCAAGACGACCUGAGCGCUAGAGUGGACAAUACCCCACAUGAAUCUCGUAUCAUCAAUAACGACACGCCGACUGGUUCUCACAAAGAGGGCAGCUGCAGCAGCAGUGAAUCUACAAUUGAAGAGAACAAGACUCAAACGGAAUCGACCACAAAACAUAAAAGCACGGGAGAUGACUCUAUAUUUCCUUUCUUCUUCACACUCUUGCUGUCAUUUUUCUCUUUAUUGUUCUCUUUGAUAUUUUUCUUUGUCGUUGAUUUUUCAAAUCUGCUAGAGAGUUUCAAGCCCUUUCUGAAGUGGAGUGUUGAAUCUUCCUGGAGGAGUACAUGUCUUAGAAUAAUCGUGUGCUGCACUUUGGCCUACAUUGUUUGUGCAUGCGUUAUAAAUACCAAUGAGGACGUGCAAAAUAAUCUGGUGCUAAUCGGGGAUGAGAACGCAAAAGUUGAAUGUUGCAUUAAAGCGAACAAAACUCCUACUGAAUCUACAAACAAAGCAAACAACACUACAAAUAAAUCUACCAAAGAAUGCAACAAAUUUCCAACAAAUACUACCUUUGAGGCGAGCAAUACUCCCUUCACUACCAGAGAUGGACCAUCAGAAAGUAAACAAUCAAAGACAAAAACAUCAAAGAGAAAAACUAUAAAAGAAAAAAAUACUACAACUAAAUUAACAUUAAGAGAGAACAGUACUCUACCUGAAUCUCCAAUCAAAAACAGCAUUGCUCCAAAAGAAUUUCAUAUCGACACUCUCUCUACCAUAACAGAGAAACCGUCAAAAAGAAAAACAUCAAGGAGAAAAAUCACCAAAGAGAAAAAGACUGCAACUGAAUCUACCUACAUCUCGAACAAUGCUAUAACUGAAACUUCCAUCAAGGCAAACAACUCUCCAACUAAAUUGAACAUUAAAAAAGAUAACAACGCCCAACCUAAAUCUACCAUCAAAGAUAAUAACUCUCCAACUGAAUAUAUAACCAAAGACAACAACACAUCAAAUGGAUCUGCCAUCAAAGACAACAACACUAAAACUGAAUCUACCAUCAAAGACAGCAACACUCCCUCUACAAUCAAAGAAAAAUCAUCAAAGAGAAAAACAUCAAGGAGAAAAACCGCCAAAGACAAAAACAUCGCAACUGAAUCUCACUUAGAAGAGAACACCACUACAACUGGAUCUAGCAUCGAAGAAAAAAGCUCCUCAACUGAAUCUGCGAUCGAAUACAACAGCACAUCAACUGAAUUUGCUAUCAAAGACAAGAACUCUCCAACUGAAUGUACCAUCAAAAAGAACAACUCUACAGCUAAAUCUGCCAAUAAAGGCGGCAAUUCUACAACUGAAUGUACCAUCAAAAUCAGCAAUUCUACAACUAAAUGUACCAUUAAAGAGAACAACGCUACAUCUGAAUCUACCAUCAAAGUCGAAAGAACUACAGCUGAACGAACCAUCAACUGUAACGACACUACAACGGAAUCAACCACCAAAGACAGAAACUCCACUACUGAAGCUACCAUCAAAGAGUACAACCGUUCAAGUGAACCUACCAUCAAAGAUACCAAUCUUCCAAUUGAACCUACCAUCAAAUACCACAACAUUCGCACUGAACCUAGCAUCAAAGACAACACCUCUACAAUUCAUUGUACCUUUAAAGAGAAAAACACUUCAACUGAAUGUCCAAUAAAAUGCAACAACUCAACAAGUGAAUCUACUAUCGAAUGCAGCAGCACUACUAAUGAACCUGCUAUUAAAGAGAACCACACUCCAUCUAGAACCCCUACUGAAGAGAACAUCAAUCUACCCGUGAAAGUGAACAUCGCGCAGGCAGAAUAUCCGGUACGAUCCAGAAACCAAAAGUUACUACCAGACGGGAAACACAGUUUUUCGAGUCAGAUUCCAAGCAGCCUGAAAGGAACCACUGAUGGUCCUGUCAUGCAAGAGAGCACCUGCCUCCCUGAGAUGCUCCUGAUAAAGGCUGGAGAUGUAGAGCGAAAUCCAGGGCCAUUCGAUAGAUCAGCGAGUAUUCAAGAACAAGAACUGGUAAACCUGGCGUACGAUGUGCCUUCAUCAAAAUACACAGAGCUGUGCAUUGCCCUUGAUGUAUCGUACAAUAAGAGCCAAACCAUUCUUGACAGACAUCACUGGGAUUUUACAAGAUCACUAAUUGCGGUAUUUUGUGAAUGGAAGAACAGACAAAGGGAUGGCACAGAUUGUCGUCAAGUUAUGGCUGCGGCGCUCCGGGGUGUUCACCUUGACGCAUUCGGUGACAAAAUGUCCGGAGAAUAG